UCUAUGUUAUAAAAAUAUACAAAUCAUCCAUCUUCAACAUUAUUUCAGAGCAUUAUUUUUCUUACAUUUAAAAUGGCAUCAUCUUCUGGCCAUUUUCAUUACCACAAAAGCCAUAAUGAUGAUGCUGAAUUUGAAUCUCUUUUUGACGAAUUAUUAGAAAUUCCCGAUGUCAUUCCCGAUCCGAAAAUAAGAAAAAAACGUGCUUUUAUCGAGAGACACCGGGAAGAAGGAGAUAUAAAGCUCUGGAAUGAUUAUUUUUCUGAGACUCCUACAUACCCUCACAAUAUAUUCCGGCGACGAUUUAGAAUGAGCAAGCCAUUGUUCAUGCGUAUUGUCCAUCGUCUCUCAACGGAAGUAGAGUAUUUUGCUCCAACACAAGAUGCAGUCGGAAGGUCAAGUCUAUCACCGCUCCAAAAAUGCACCGCAGCAAUUCGUCAGUUAGCAUAUGGUGGUGGGGCUGAUACGGUAGACGAAUAUGUCCGAUGUGGUGAAACAACAGCUCGAAAAUGCUUGCACCAGUUUACCGCCGGAAUUAUUCACUUGUUUGGCGAUGAAUUUCUAAGACGGCCUACACCGGAGGAUCUUGAGAGACUACUGCAUAUUGGAGAACAACGUGGAUUUCCCGGGAUGAUUGGAAGCAUCGACUGUAUGCAUUGGGAGUGGAAGAAUUGUCCUUCCUCUUGGAAAGGUACUAUGAAUGAUCUUAAUAUUCUUGAACGAUCACCUGUUUUUGAUGACAUAAUUUACGGAAGAUCUCCGCAAGUCGACUUCACUGUCAACGGAAGGGAGUAUAAUUUCGCCUACUAUCUCACCGAUGGUAUUUAUCCGGAAUGGGCGACAUUUAUUAAAUCUAUCCGACUACCACAAGAAGAAAAACAUAAAUUAUUUGCCAAAACCCAAGAAAGAAUUCGAAAAGAUGUUGAGCGUGCCUUUGGAGUCCUGCAAGCCCGAUUCGCCGUUAUUAAAAAUCCAUCCCAUUUAUGGGAUAAAAAAAAGAUAUCAAAUAUUAUGAGAGCAUGUAUAAUACUUCAUAAUAUGAUUGUCGAAGAUGAACGACGUACAGAGACUGAAGAUGAGACGUUCCAAGGUCAAGAUACUUCUUUUUGCGUCAAGAUCCCUACUGAGCUUUUCACUCCAGGUGAUCGUCGAGAAAGAAUUAAGGCAAGCCCAGUCCAUAAACAAUUAAAACUUGAUCUGAUCGAACAUAUAUGGAAUCAAUUUGGUGUUUAAAUUUCUAUGAAUUAAAUAAAUGUAUUUUUAUUCAAAUUUGUAAUGUUUUCGAGUUUGUAAUUUUCUUUUCAACUUUGUAAUAUUUUUUUCCUAAGACCACAUUUUCAUUAGUUAUCUAUUUUAAUGUUA